CUCCGCCGCCGAAGGGUCGACCAAGAAGAAGAAACCCUCAUCAAACAAAUCAAAAAAGAAAAGAAGAAGCGAGCGAGGGGCAGAAUCACCAAUGGCGGGCGGUGGGCUGUCCGGCGGCGCGGCCGCGUUCUGGGCGACAAGAGCGCUGGAGGUGGUGAAGCGGAACGACUCCCCGGGCCUGUUGUGGAAGCGGAUCAAGCUCACCACCACCCGCAAGAACAACGCCAAGAAACGCCUAAAGCGCCUCUGGCAGAACGAAGCAGUUAUAAGGGCUUCUGCUCAAGCAGAAUCAUCGUCAACUUCAAGCACGGCUGCCGCAUCUGAGAAACAGCAGUAGCUUGCUAGUCAACUCAUGGUUUGUGGUGAAGAAACUGAUAUGCAGUUUCAAGAUGGGCGUUGAACUUGCAUAACAUGCUGAAGCCUAAAACACAUCCUUCCGUAUAUUUUUAAGUUUGUGGUGUCAGAAGUUUGAACAAGUGCAUGCAUGUACACAUAGACUUUCUUCAUCAAGAGGAUAUUCCCUGCCGCCA